GACGCGACCCCGAGGGUAGUCAUGGCGGCUCGGUGCGUGAGGCUGGCGCGGCGCAGCCUCCCGGCUUUGGCGCUGUCGUUCAGGACCCAAGCUCAUAUUGGACAGUUUACAACCACCUGUAAUUCCAGCUCCAGGGCAUCCCUCUUCUGAUCUCCUGGGACACUGCACUCAUGUGGCAUACACUCAUACUGACACACCUAAAAAGGCAUCCACAUUCUUUGGGUGGUGUAUGUGAUGUGAGCACAUUGGGAAGGCCCAAGGUCAACAUCAGGCCUUCUCCUCGCUUGUUGUGCACAGCUACUAAACAAAAGAACAAUGGCCAGAACCUGGAAGAGGACUUGGGGCAUUGUGAGCCAAAGACAGAUCCACCCUCUGCAGACAAGACCCUCCUGGAAGAGAAGGUGAAGCUGGAAGAGCAGCUGAAGGAGACCAUGGAAAAAUACAAACGUGCUUUGGCAGAUACCGAGAAUCUACGGCAGAGAAGCCAGAAGCUGGUAGAAGAGGCCAAGUUAUAUGGCAUCCAGGGUUUCUGCAAGGACUUGCUGGAGGUUGCAGACAUCCUAGAGAAGGCAACCCAGAGUGUUCCAAAGGAGGAGAUCAGCAACAACAACCCUCACCUGAAGAGUCUUUAUGAAGGGCUCGUGAUGACUGAAGUCCAGAUUCAGAAGGUGUUCACAAAAUACGGCUUGCUCAGGCUUGACCCCAUUGGGGCAAAGUUCGACCCUUAUGAACAUGAGGCCUUGUUCCACACCCCUGUGGAGGGGAAAGAACCAGGCACUGUGGCACUAGUUAGUAAGGUGGGCUACAAGCUGCAUGGACGCACUCUGAGGCCAGCUUUGGUGGGGGUGGUGAAGGACGCUUAGCUCUCUCCCUCAAGGCUCUGGACUUUGUAGGUCACUUGCUAGAACUCAAAGGGUGGGCGGACUUGUAAUUUCUCAUCUGUGAACACAUCUGACCCUUGCCCAGCCUUGUUGGAAAUCUUAAGUAAGCUAAGCAGAACAUGAAGCUGCUUGCACACUGUGUCAGAGACUCUGGGAGUCUGGUCAUUGAGUUUAGCAUGACCUACUUCAGAAGAGGGCCAGCAGGGCCUCAGGAGUAGCAUGCUAACAUUGUAUCUGUUCCACCUUGUGAUUAAGUACUUUACACAAAUAAAAGGUCUUUGGCUACAUCUGUGCUGCACAGUCUACCUCUGAGUGCCAAGGCGCUGGUGUCACUCAGGCGGUGGUCCUCCCUGGAAGUGGGGAAGGCCAGAGUGGGAACACUUGUUGCCAGCAAAGCUAAGACCUUCAAGAGCACAUUCCUUCCAAGUACUGGGCUUUCUAUGCCUGCCCUUGCUCUGAAAUGAGAGUCCUGGUGUAUUUAUUAAUGAGCUCCUUGCAUUACAGCUGGGCGGGGUUCAUCAAAACAGGGUUCUAUCUUGACUGUAAAACUGCAUGGCUGGCAUGCUUUAGACAUUUCCACUCAGGAGGUUGUGGUUAAGGGAAUUAAAAAGCUCAUCUUUUAUCUUC